UAAUGCGCAAAUUAAGCCGUGGAAGUGCGAAUGGUGCGCGCAAAGCAAAACUCAUUAAAAUCCUUUCCCUGACGAGUGUACGAUCUGUCGAGCCACUUUGAAUAAAACUCAUCGGCACUUCAUUUGUUGGUGAUUUUAAUGAAAACCAUGUCAAGUGGAUUGCUGAAAUUAAAACUGUCGAGUUUCCAUUUGCCCGAAUCAGUCGACUAAUUAUGGUUUUAAUUGCCGCGCAUGUUGAUUGGGUCUUUGAUCAUUGUUCCAGCUACUCUCUAGUUGAGUUGCUACUUUUCCUUGCAGCUAGAUUUAGUCGCUUUUUUUCGCUAACAUCGUUUUUAGUGGAUUCAAUUGACUCAACCUGUAUAGAAUUGUCAAUUAACUGUCCAGUAAGUUGGAAAAGCAACAGGGGUUUUGGGGCUUUUUCGGGGUGUGGGGCAAAUCGAAAUAUUUCCAGUGAAUCGGGCCGGGGCUUAAGAAAUGCAAUUUACGUUCGACAGACCGGAAGAAAAGCCACCACUUACGGAAUUCGAUUUGAUAAAUUACGAGACUUAUGAGGAUUAUUUGGACUCGCUUUAUAAUGAUCUGGAUAGAUGUUAUUUACAGGAUACAAAUAUGUGUCGCAAGAUAGCGGAGUUCGGAUACAGAAGAGACGGCAAUACAUUCAGCAGACAGGAGUUCGAGCAAAAGCGAAAAAAAGUGCAGUUUUACCUAUCGCCGCUAAAACCGAAUAUAAAUGCGAGCACGGGAUUUAGAUUUGGAGAUGCGGCACAAAACGCGUUGGCUCUCAGGGAACGAGCUAACAGAACGGGAAUAAUGACUACGAUCAUUUUCAUCAACUACACGGCAUCGAACGACCGGGAAAUAUCUGGAUACAUCGACUACGCCCACAGUCUGAUUAAAAAGGACUGGAAGAAGUUUUUCAAGGAGAACCAGCCAAUGUAUCCAGACCGGUACGACCUGGGCUUCUACAACUGGAAGAAAGAUGCGACAGUCAUAAACGACUCGCUCUAUUACAAGACUCUGAUGUCGCCCACAAAAGGCUUGGUGUUCCAGAACAAGUUUGACCGCAUGCUGAUCGUCCCCGAUCCUUUCGCCAUCAUUCCCGGCCAGAAGACCACGAGAGUGAGAGUCAGGACGAAAAUGUACAACAACUUUGUCCUGAUCGAUCACAUCUUGAGGUCCCGAAAGUAAAUAGAAAUUGAUUCUUGCCAUUCUCACCGCAUUGGUAGUCUGGACAGCAUCUGUUUGGCCGAUGGAUGGCUUUGCAGCCGGGCUUCUUCGUGCAUUGGACAGUCUCACAUUGCACUCCUGGCGGCUGGCAACGGCACUUUAAGCACGGUUGUUCAGCUGGGACGGUUUCAUCUACACCGUAAACCACAUCUCCUACUAUGCAAACUUAAAUAAAAUAAUAAAAAUAAUGAAUUAAAA